GCCGCGCCGUAUUUUUCGCUACGCCCCCAGGUACGGUACGGUACCGAGAAAGCACAUCACAGUUAUCAUCCUCGAGCAGAGCAAAUUCCUGCCCCUACCACCCAGCUGCUGGUGCUCCGACAACCCCGUUGGAGGUCUCCACAAAAUACAGACCCUUUGGAAAUUGAUUCCAUCCAAACAGCACCUGAGGCACCGUAGCCAACCGCACAAGUCAUCGGAACCAAGGCAUCCAUGCGGUCAAACCAAGCUUUUGCCUAAACUGCCUUUUUCUCUUUUGCCAAGCGCUAAGCGGGGCUGGGCGUUUAGGAGAAGGAAAGAAUCAGAAGUUUCACAAAGAUGUUACCUGACACCACCCCCGAUCUCCCGGACUCAUCUAGAACUUCGUACUGAUACGGUUCUUUGUUUUUUUUUUUUUUUUCCUUCCUUACUCUCUUUCACCCAGCGUGGGCCAGGGAGGGAGUGGGCGGAGUUCUUUUAGAUCCAGAUCGGACGAAACCUAUUUGGGCAGCUACCGUUCCGUGUUUGUAUGACAGACAGUCGGAGAGAUGAUGAUCCACCAGUAGGGGCAUUGGUCCGGGGGACACGAGUGCUAGGAAGGGAAGGGAUGGGUAUCGAGAUUGAGUCUGAUGAAGUGGAUGUCUACAAGUACUAGUACAGUACAGUACGAGUACUCGUACAAUACAGUGCUGCGGGAGGGAAACGGGGGCCAUCGGUAGUUCGCAUCCCUCCCCCCCCUUUUUUUGAAGGAGGCGCUCUACUGGGGCCGGGGCAAUACACUAGUGAGAAGACAUAAAUUAUGCUUGCCUGGUUUUUAUUAAUCUACAACCAUCCCCAGUCUACUAGCCUUAUGUUCUAUUAAAAUAUCCCUGGCUGGCGUGAAUGGCACGGUAAGGCCCUUCGGAAACAAAAUGCAUUCAGGAAGACCGGUAGUAGGGCGUGCUAAGAAAUGGUGGAUGCUACAGUGCUGAUUAAUUGCCGGCACCUAAAAAGUCACCCCGAGAUCAUCAGGGUAGCUUGCACUUCUAUACCUUCAGCUCCUUCGACAAAACCACUUGCAGAGCAAUGCUUACCCGUACCGCAGCCCUGAUUACGCACCCCCCCCGCUCCCACCCUACUCAACACCACACCCUGCCUAUCAAAUGGAAAUGCUCUCCACGAGCCGGGCAGUGCCACGGUAGCUCAAGCUCCUACCAGCGAGCGCUUAUCAGAAUACUGGAUCCCUCCCUCAAUAAUUGGUUACUCUGACAAUAGCGCCUCUGACCCGAAAAGCUUGAUUGCAUGGUGUCGUACGUGGCAGCGGGCGAAACAGGCUGUUUUUUGUUUUUCCUCUUCCAUGAAACUGAGUGGUGGCAUUAUACUGGUGGUGAGAACCGGUGUGUUGGUCGGGGCGGGAAGGGAAGGAUCCGUGUAGCAAUAACGGAUGGAGGACGGACAGGGCGUCCCCGGAUGUCCACCGGCUUGGCUAUAUCUAGUGAGGGCCCGGCUGGGACGUGCUGUCAGUAUAUAAUAAACUCGUUCAUGCCGCCGGUAUAUUUUCCUCGAGUUCCUCAUAUCUUGGCGUUCCCGGCAUCAUGAACAAUCUGGUGGAUAGCACCAUCAAGGCGUAAGCUUCCCGUUCCCCACCCCACCUUUUGUUUGCUCCGCUCUGACUUUGCAUAGGAGAAUUGUAGAGCAACGAAAGUCUAGAUUACUUCCUUGGAUUAAGAAUCCCUUCAAACAUGAGAUUGAGGGUAGUAUUGGAUCGCUGCCGCACGGCUCCAGUGUGAGCGUGUUCAGCGCUAAGCCCCGGGCCGACUUCAGGGCGAGUGUCAUCGACCAGGGAGAGCCUAUGACACACAAAGAGGAACUGGAGAUCGAGGAAGCGACCCCGAUAGAACUUUUCUAUGACCUGUUCUUUGUUGCUAAUCUCACGACUGUCACGUCGGUUCAUUAUAUCACUGAGAAGAGAAGUUCGCUCCCCCCUAAUACCUCUUAAACAAACCUUAACUAGGCUGACGAAAUAUCACAGGUUUGGCCUCGUAUGGGCUCUUCUUCAUUAUCCUUUGGUUUACCUGGUUGCACGUUACUCUUCUGGACGUUCGAUUCUCCCGGGAUUCGGUGUACGAGCGGGUGUGCAAAUCUAUCCAUUUCAUAGUGAUGGCUGGUUUCUCGUCUGUAUCGACCCAGUGGAAUCCAUUGGAUCCCACCGACGCUCACACUGUUACUGCGCUUAGAACUAUGACGCUCGCGUUGAUGUUCUCCCGAUAUAUCCUCAUGAUUCAGUAUUUCGUGGUCAUGUUGUUUGCUAGGAUUAAGAAGCGGGCUAUGCUCCCUCUUGCAUUGCAUUGUUUGACUAUGGCAGUUGCGGGGAGCCUUUACCUCGGGGUGUGUUUAUAUAUCCUCACGAUUAUUGUUUGAGAGGGGGCGGCUUGCUGACCUGGACGAGGAACUAUAGCUGUAUUUUGCUUUUGAGAAGGGUAACCCGGCAAAGUCUUACAUCGGUUGGUAUAUCGCAGCGAUAUUCGAGGCCUGUGCCAUUAUUGGGACCUCGAGUGUCUGGAGGGUGGUUAGCUUCAAGAAGACGCAUCUCGUCGAAAGAAUGGGGUUGCUGACACUUAUCAUUCUGGGCGAGGGCAUUAUCGUCAUGCUUAAAGCUAUCAACGCAAUCGUCAAGGGCACUGGGUGGACAGCUGACCUAGCCGGAAUCGUCGCAGCCGCUCUAGCCGUCAUCGUAUAUCACUCCCAGUGCAAACCCCCCUACACACCUGCUUACCUAAAUUGAAAUUAGUACUUUUUCUGGAUGCUCUACUUCGAUUACAAUCCCAGAAACGUCCAUUACGGCACAAUCCGUCAGCAGAUAUGGACCCUCCUGCACUUCCCCUUCCACCUCGCCAUUGUCCUCUCAGUAGAAGGCCUCCGGCAGUUAACCACCUGGCACGGUAUGAACACCUACAUAUCCGGCAUCUUCGCAGAGGCCGAGACCCUCACCGAGCCAGCACUAGUAACGGAGUGGUUCCAAUACCAUUUCGAAUCUCUAUAUGAGGACGGCAGCUCCAAAACCGUAGUAAAAGGAUACUCAAACAUCACCGCAAACAUCGGUUCCCUGGUGGGCCUCGCUAGCAACAAUGCCACUUCAGAAACCGGGUAUCCGCAUAUGGUCAACGAAUUACUAUCUGAGCUGCUGGUUGGAAUCGCAGAGUACUAUGGUGUCAAAGCACCUCGGCCAACGGCGGUCUUCCUGAAAUACGAGGAGCCAUUCAGCGAAGACGGCCCGUUGGGAAAGGUCCUCGGCGUAUUCAAUCUAGUCUAUGAAUACUUCUUCGUCUCGCUGGGGUGCGCGUUUGUGCUGCUCGCAGCGUUCACAUUCCUAGUUCGCCGGAAUAAGGACGUUCACGAUUACCUCUCCAUUGCGAUAAGGCUCGCCGUGGGACUUGUCAUGUACGGAAUGGUUGGACUCCAUACAAGGGGUAAUGAGGAGCUUUAUUAUGAUUACUUGUAUAGUCCUUGGCCGAUCCCGCAGGUCUGCCUGAUAGUUUUCAUGGGUAUUCUCCCCCCUUUCCUGGAGCAGUCUCUCUCUGAGGUGCAGCUACUAACUGAGUACCGCUGCAGCUCUCGUGGUGGACAAGAUGUUGAAUUACCUUGCCUAUAGGCACGCUGUAGCUGCCCUCCACAAGUAAGCUCCCUGCUAUCUCAUCCCUCUCUUCAUCAUCCUCCGCGCAGGCCGCGUUCUCCUAAAAAUGGUGUACUGUUUCCGGCAUUUUUUUCCCGUCUUCUCCUUUACCUUUAUUUCACGUGUCACGGUUGGAGAUACAUAGAACGAUGGCGUUGCAUUAUAGACGAUAUUUUACUUUCCACGCUUUUUUACCCCCCCUCCACCCUUAUCCAUUUCUACUUUUGCUUUGUCUACUUUCCUUAGGAGCACAGUACAUGGUUUUGGUUUUGGCUUGGCUUGGCUUUUGUUUGGUUUGGUCCAACUUUGGAUUGGCCUUGGUUCGGCCUCGGUUUGGUUUGGCUUUUGUCUUGCUAGUCUUGUCAAUCAGUUCUCUUUUUUUCUAGAAGGAUUUUUAAAAAGGACUCAUUCGCGAUUCUUUUUAGGAAGCGGAUUAACAUUCUUGGGCGUUUUGGAUGGAGUAAGGAGUACACACCUUUGAAGGAGGGGACGAUUUGAUUUGAUUUUUACGAAAGGUAUUGGGUAGACGGAUGUGAAGGGGGGAGAGCAAUGGGGCGCCAGAAUGUGGGGGAAGUUAUGACAAUUCUAUCAUAGAUGUACUAGUG